AUGCAAUCGCUCUGGUCUCGGGCCGGCCAGGCUAGUCGCUGCGGCUGCAGGUUUUGCAGCACCACUGUGGGAGCUGUCAGGCAACGAGCUGCUGGCACUCGUGGGCGACGAAAUGCGACAAUUGCGGAAAUAUUCGCGGCUUGCUACAGCUCCGUCUUCGCAACCGCUACCUUGAUCGACGCUGUACGCAAAGAUGGUCGGAGAAGGGAACUGGACCGGCAGCUGGACGAGGCCAGAAGGGAACUGCACGACUUGCACCACGCGUCGCCUCGUCAGCCCGCCCCGGAAACGAAACCUUCCGACCUCUCGAUACACCAGAUGCGUUCUCUCUGGGAAGUAAUGAAGACGAUCUACCGAAACCGCCCGUUCAUGAAGGAGAUUCACAAGCCGCCAACCGUCGGCGCUUCCGAACUGAUCAAGUGCUUGAAAGAACAAUGUUACAACGCGCCGGGAGAAGGCUCUCUGCGAGCGAUGCGACAGACGGAUUACGAGCAGUUGGAAAACUUGGCAAUGGCAGAUGAGCUGAACGGCCAGAUCGGAUUUCGAGAGGCCCAAAACCAGGUACAACUACUUCGCGAGUCGUCGAGUGUGGAGAAACUCGUUCAUAAAUUGCUUGACCGAGCGGAAAUACAAGAUGAAAACUCACCUGCGGCCGCAUCUUUCGACGAGGCCCGACACCUAGCUACCAAUGGCUUCCCAAAGUUCACGUUUCGGUCGAUGGAUCCGGAUCGAGCUAGAACCAAUACAUUAGCACUGAAUCAACACAUACGAGCCCUAAUCGGCUCGAAAAACAUGACCCUCAAGGAGAUGAUUGGCAGAGUUUGCUACAACUUGCUAGUCUCUGUUCACCCCCCCGACAUGCACACAUACAACACCCUCAUCGUAGCGUUCGACAAGGCCGGCCGACACGGCUUCUCCGAUGCCAUAGUUCAUUCCUUCUUCCACCAGCGGCUGCUGAAGCCCACUCCGUCAACGUUUACCGCAAUCCUCAAUCACUUCAAGGCCACGAAUAACCACGGCAGGUUCCUCCGCGCCAUAGCGUGCAUCACAGGUGUCGACCAACUAACCGGCGGCAAAGUUCGCAGACGGCACAUGAGCGACAUUGAACGAAACGCAACCCUUCAGAGCUGGGCUGCCGACACGACGCUUCGCACGCACACUGGGCACUGGGUGUGGGAGCACGUUCCGCUCGACCUGCACCUCGUGGAAGCCGUUCUCGGCGGUCUUCUCCACUUCAAGCUAUUUGACGACGCCGCCACCUUCUUCGUCACUUGCAUGCGCACCGGCGUGGCCUUGAGCAGCCGUCUCAUCAAGCAAGUCUUUGAUGAAUGCCUUGCUGCCCUUGACUGGAGAGCCGCAGUAGGGUUAGUUCGGGGCUUGGCAGAUGGCCAAGACAUGUGGCAGGCUCUUCUUGCCAGGGAAGAUGACACCACCGUUGCGUACCUGGCCGAAAAGGCACUCGCCUUGGUCGAUUUAUGUGGUCUCAAUGACUUUAGCCAAGAACCGAGCAGACGGGCCUUGGCUGGUUUGGACAUUUCUGGACCAAAUCUUCAGCAAUUGUCGGAGUCGUUGGCCAAGUUUAACCACGCCCUUCCUGCCGCGUCCUCCCACAGAUUCCCAGGACCCAACAGCAGGCAAGGUGCCGAUGCUGUAUCAAAAUCCAAGAGCCGACUGUUACAACUUGAGAGCCUGUGGAAGGAAUGCGAUCUUGUCAUAAAGACUACAAUGUCUAUCGAGAGUAAACUUUUAUAUGCCGACUUUUCACCUUCCUUUCGAUCAUCCAUGGCACAGCUCAUUGCUACCAAGGCUCUCGAUAGAUCCAUGGAGUUGGCCCAUGAAUGCAGAGUAGCCCUGUCAUCGGGCGGAAAUCUACCACCAUCGACUGCAUCUUGUAUCAUCAUGGGAAUAUGA